UAACCGCAAGUCAACUAUGAAUUUGUAUGGUUGGUAGGACCUGUCGUUCGCCGCUUUGGUUUCCAAGGGAUUCCAACCUCUCUGUCUCUUCCCAAUGCCAAAAGCAAUGCCUAAGUUAAUUGCUGGCUUUGCCUACCCCCAUGAAAAUGAAUUUCAUUAAUUAAAAACUUUUGGAGAAAAACAGAGCCCCAAUUCCCUUUUUGAGAAACGAUUAAUAAUUGAUUGUUCGUCUUUCAGUUUUAGCUCACAAAUCCUUCCUCAAUAUAUCCAACGCAGCAGCAGCAAUGGAUAGACGCCGCAGGAAGCAACCCAGGAGUUGCUCUGAAGAGGUGAGCAGUAUUGAAUGGGAGUUCAUAAACAUGUCCGAACAAGAAGAAGAUCUCAUUUAUAGAAUGUACAAGCUUGUUGGAGACAGGUGGGCUUUGAUUGCCGGUCGAAUUCCAGGUCGGAAAGCUGAAGAAAUAGAGAGGUUUUGGAUAAUGAGGCAUGGGGAAGUGUUUGCCAGUCGACGGAAAGAGCUCAAGAAGUCCAAGUCCUGAAGCGUUUCUGAGGAUACUACGUAUAAUUAUUAUCAUUAUUAGCUAGGGAUAUUAAUCCUUCUUCUUCUUCUUCUUCUUCUUGCUAAUUAAUUGAUGUGUGUGUGUGUGACAAUGUCUUUGUUUGGAAGAUGAAAGUGGUGUUGUAGCAGUGAGCAGUGAAUUAUUAAUUAAUGGGAUCAUAUUUUUCUAUCUCUAA